AUGAUUCGGUAUGUAGAAUAUGUUUUUGACAAUACAACAAUCAUAAAACAACGUCCACCUGACACAUUCUUAAACCUGCAGUCUGAAUCGGUUAUUGAACCACCGCUGAUGAAUCCUCAACAGAAGCGGAUCAAGUGGAUGGAGAGAAAAACUAAGGGCAAGAAAAGAAAAAAGGAAAAAAAAGGCGGGAAAACGAUACCAUCGGCCAAAGAAGCAUUAAGUUUGGCCCGAUAUGAAAUAAACUUGGGAUCCGUAGAGAAUAUGAAGCACCGGAAUAACUGUAAAGCUCAGCAGUUCAAACAACGGAUCAGGAUGGACGGAUGCAUCACAAAAACAAUAACGAACAAGUUUUGCCACGGGACUUGCCUGUCGUUCUUCAUACCACGAUUGCGACCGCGAAAACUAAAACUUCGUUCGAUAUUUCACAGCUGUUCGGCUUGCGCCCCAUCAGAAUACGAUUUAGUUAACGUGAAACUAGAAUGUCCAGAACUAGACACAAAGUCUGUCGUACGACAAGUCUAUAAAAUCAAAAAGUGUUCAUGCAAAUCGGUAGAGGUUGACGUGACUAUGCCAACUGACAACGAAUCCCUCAGUGAGAUGACUUAUAAAUAA